CCCUUUCCGCGGCGUUCAGCGACGUUGUAGUUGACAGAUUUGUCGGAUUUUGGCCACUUCUAUGGCGGAUCUUUCCCAUACGUAUGUCCAGCCGCCUCCUCCUGGGAGCAGGAGGCGCAGAACCAGGGAGACUACGGUGUGGGACGAACUCGGAGACCUCCCCGGAUACGAGGUGGGUCAAAGAGCGGGAGGGAGCGUGAACGAGCCGCGUAAACGUGUCCUGUGUGUGCGCGCAGUGGGUCACCGACGAGAAGGAUGACGUCAUGGACGAGUACGUGAGGGUAAGAAGGGCGGCGGAGCCAGCAGGACCCACACGCACGGACAUCAGCGGGAGAUGAGCCAACACCGUACGUCUGUCUGUCUGUAUCCCAUGCAGCGAGCGAGUGAGGGGAUCCCGCCCCGCACGUUCCCCAGCCCACCCUCCAACUCGCCACCUGCGAGAUGCAGCCUUCACUUCCCGUGGACCAACACCACAUACACCAAACCAACACCGAGACCGACCCCUCAUUCGUAG